AUGAACCGACAAAGGGCUGCCAUGACGGCGGCUGCUGGUGCAGCCGUCAUCGGAGUCGGAAUGUACAGCAACACAAAAGGCCAGAAAGACGAGCCACAGGUGCAGCGACACAAUGCUCACGUUAAGCGCGACAUGGGGCUUUCAGGCGCUGGCGUUGGAGGGAACGCCAUGACUGGAAGUACAGACAUAUCAGCCGCACCGCCGUCGUCACAUAAGAACCUCGAGCGUACGACGCGGACCACAGCGGCAAUUGAGAAGCUGCCGUCGGGCGGAGUGGGUGGCGGAGAAGGCGCCGGAGGAAGCAGUGCGCGCAAAAUGCAGUUACCGACUGGAUCUGGUCCAGACAACAUGUCGCGGCGAGGGAAGGAAGACGAUGCGCAGGUCCAGCGGCGCGUACAAGGCGCCCAAGAUCCCAACUCCUCAGACGACGUGGUCCGCUCUCAAUAG